AUGGCACCCACCAGCGCGGCCAUAACAGGGCUGCUACGGCAGGUUGUCUACUACCAUGUCGACAAUAAUGCCUACGAGAACGCCCUCUUUUUCGCCGAAAGGCUAAGCGCCCAAGAUCCCAAGUCGAGCGAGUCUGCACAUCUCUUGGCCCUAUGCCACCUCCGUCUCGGUGACCACAGGACUGCAUUCGAAGUCAGCAGGCCAUCAGCUUCCCGCGGAACGAACCUGGGCGCUGCCUGGGUCUUUGCGCAUGCAUGCGUAAAAAUGGAACGAUACAAGGACGGCAUCAACGCCCUAGAAAAAGCACGGGAGAAGUGGAUCGGCAAGACGAACAUGGGCAAGCACACCACUUCGACUCGUUCGCUCUACCCAGAUGAAGCUGCGGUUCUGUGUCUGCUGGGCAAGCUGUACCGUGCGUACGAUGACAAGCGGAGGGCAGUCGAGUGCUUCGAGACUGCAGUGAGAGUCAACCCUUUCAUGUGGGAUGCCUUCCAGGCCCUUAGCGACAUGGGCGUGAAAUUGCGCGUACCAAAUAUCUUCCAGGUCACUGAUCCCCUCGUCCAUUGUUUCGAACAGGAACCGGUAGGGUUGUCCCAAGAGCCUAAGGAGAGCUCGACAAACUCCUUCGAGCCCAAACGGCCUCCGAUUCGGUCAACGGCGGAUUCAUCCGACCCCUUCAACCUUCACCGAUCCUCUACAUAUCAGGAUAUGCCUUACAGUGCAAACGUCUUUUCCGCAGAAGCAGAAGAAAAUGAUUUCAUGUCAAAAAUUACAGCAGCAAGAUCAAGACUAGCCCCACCAUCCACGAGCAACGGUGAGCUUGACCUCAUGGAGACACCUACCGGCCCAGUGUCCAUGCCAGAGGUACCUACUAUGCGUUCAGCUUUCGGCGCUGCGGAGCCACCACAGGCGCCGCCACGGAGGACUAGAACAGCUCAGGCCGUGGACCCCGGCUUUCUAGAAGCCCCUCCGAAGAUGAGCUACAAACUAGGCGCCAAAAGAAGCACCAGAAGCCAAGACAAGGAUCAACAGCAUAAUGUCGAGUUGCAUUCCGACACUGGGACCGGAACUCUGCGGUCGACCAUGGCACCUACGGAGCGGAAGAGGACAGUUUCGGGUCAUCCAGUAUCUAGGCAACACUCUGAAGAAGCGAAUGCUCCUGCACAACGGAGAAGUGCCAGGCUUAACAUGUUUAACAAACCCUCGAUUGCCAAAGCGAAUUCUGGCGCUGCUACCAUCGGCGCCGCUGCAACGCGCGAGCUGAAAAAGGCUAGACCCCAGAUCUCACGGAUAAUGCGACCUGGUUCUAGUGGCUCCAGUGUUGGUAGGGUUGUGAGCGGCAAUCGUAAGCCAAUCGAAGAUGGCGGCAUGGAUGUCGAUCACGCCGAGGCAACCCGUGUGAGAGAGCCUCAUACGGUGCAACACGCAGUACCGAAAGCCGUCUCACAUGAAGUUGACAUCGUCAGGAUUGAGGAGGCUUUGAGAUGGGUCAUGGAGCUGCUCAAGAAAUACGCCUCUGGGUACUACUCACUCAAAGCAUUCCGAUGUCAAGAGGCGCUACAGUUUUACGCUUCUCUGCCGCGGAGCCAGCAAGAUACACCAUGGGUACUGGCGCAAAUGGGCCGAGCGCAUCACGAACAAGGGUCGUACAAAGACGCCGAGAAAUAUUUCAGAAAGCUCCGUGUCGUGGCGCCUACCCGUAUGGACGACAUGGAAAUUUACUCCACCAUUCUCUGGCAUCUCAAGCGUGAGACGGACUUAUCCUUCUUGGCUCAUGAGUUGGUCGACGCCGACUGGACAUCGCCACAAGCCUGGUGCGCCCUCGGCAACGCUUGGUCGUUGGCACGAGAGCAUGAAAUGGCGUUGCGCUGCUUUAAGCGAGCGACACAGCUGAAUCCAAAGUUUGCUUAUGCUUUCACGCUCCAAGGCCACGAACACGUCGCCAACGAAGAGUACGAAAAGGCCCUCAGCGCCUUCCGCAAGGCUGUCACAGCCGACCGGCGUCAUUACAAUGCCUAUUACGGCAUUGGCCAGGUUUUCGAGAAACUAGGCAACUACGAAAAGGCCUACGUCCACUUCCAUACGGCAUCCGAUAUCAACCCGACUAAUGCCGUCCUCAUCUGCCGUAUCGGGGCGAUCCUGGAGAGGCAGAAGCAAAUGAUAGCCGCGCUGCAAUUCUACACCAAAGCUACAGACCUGGCGCCACGAGCGCCUAUUGUCCGGUACAAAAAGGCACGGGCGCUGAUGAGUCUGGGUAAGAUCGACCUCGCAGAGAAGGAACUGCUCAUUCUGAAGGACGUGGCGCCGGAUGAGGCCAUGGUGCACUUCCUUCUUGGCAAGUUGUACAGAAGCCUGAAUGAGAAGCAGAUGGCGGUGCGCUCAUUCAGUAAUGCUCUUGCUCUAGAUCCAAAGGCUAGUCAGUCGAUCAAGGACGCCAUCGAGAGCAUUGAGGAUGACAUGGGCAUGGAAGACUCCAUGAUGACAUAG